AUUUGUAAAUGCCUUUUCAGAAGAAACUACAACCUCUACAACAUCAACAACUUCUACAACUACGUCAACCACUACGUCUACAACAUCGACUACAUCUACAACAUCCACUACCUCCACAACAACGUCCACAUCUACUACUUCUACUACUCCAACAACAACCACCACCACUACCACCCCUACAACGACUUCGACUACAUCAACAACCACCACUACCACGCCUACAACGACUUCAACAACACCAACAACCAACCACUACCACCCCUACAACGACUUCAACAACACCAACAACCACCACUACCACCCCCACAACAACUUCGACUUCAACAACAACAUCGUCAACGACAACAACGACGACACCUACAACCACCACCACAUCUACCACUACUCGAGCUGCUACUACUCAAACUCCAUCUACUGAUAGUAAAUUCACACUUUACCUAGCCAUUGCCAUAGGCUGCGUUGCCGUAAUAUUGCUACUGAUUCUGAUCAUCAUCUUAGUCAAGAUGUUUUGCUGCAAAAAGCGUCCUCCUCGACCAAAAACACCGAUUUUAACAGUAGAAGAUAUGUCACACUGGAUGUCAGGAUAUGGGGGUUAG